GCUUUGAAAAUGUCACGUCUAAUUACAAAUCAAUUAUACUCCGUUCCAAGAGCUGUCACAGUAUCCGAUAACAGCUUUCCUUUACACACAAGCAGUCAGAUGGGGCAGGGCAGGUUAAUGAGUGACUAGAGUGAGCAGGGAGCUUGUAUUCUUGACACUCACACACACAAGAGAGGCAGAUUUAUCCAAAAGUGGCUCAGCCAUGGACUAAACAGCAGGUGUAAGAGGUCAGAGUUCACACAGGGUUUUUGUUCUUGAGAUUUGCUCGUGGCAGAGGUCGAGAUUGUGUGUUUAAACGCAGUUAUAACACAAAGUUAUAUGUAUGUUGUUGAGCGAGGUUAUCUGAGUGUAGGAAAGAGUGUGUCUCUAGAGCAGACCGAGGAUGAGGACCCGUCCAUAAUCGAGCUCGGACAAUCAUCCGCCCCUGAUUGGUACUCUUCUCCCUUUUCGAGGAGUUUCGCCGCCUGCAGCCGAUGUGAGAGCUGUGGUCGCCAUGGAGACAGUGGUGAUCGUAGCCAUUGGGGUGUUGGCCACCAUUUUCCUGGCCUCCUUCGUCGCCCUGGUGGUGGUGUGUAGACACCGCUACUGCCACCCUCAUCAUCUGCUGUACCACUUUGACUCAAGACCCACUGUGGAUCUGAUCGGAGCCAUGGAGACUCAGAGUGAACCGUCGGAGCUGGAGCUGGAAGACGUCGUCAUCACAAACCCGCACAUCGAAGCCAUCCUGGAGAACGAGGACUGGAUAGAAGACGCCUCUGGUCUGGUCUCUCACUGCAUCUCCAUCCUAAAGAUUUGCCACACUUUGACGGAGAAGCUAGUUGCCAUGACGAUGGGCUCUGGGGCGAAGGUUAAAGCGCCGGCCAGCCUCAGUGACAUUAUCACUGUGGCAAAACGCAUCAGCCCGAGGGUGGAUGAUGUGGUCAGAUCCAUGUACCCUCCUCUGGACCCGAUCCUCCUUGAUGCCAGGGCCAACGCUCUGCUCCUCUCAGUCAGCCACCUGGUGCUGGUCACCCGCAACGCCUGUCACAUGACGGGCAGCAUGGACUGGAUCGACCAGUCGCUCCUUGCCGCCGAGGACCACAUGGUGGUUUUGCGUGAGGCGGCGCUGGCCUCUGAACCGGAACGAGGCAUACCUGGAGCUGAGGCACAGAGAGAGCAGGCCAUUUAGAGCUGACACUGACAGCAGCAGACAGACGGCCAUGAGAACGGGUCUGUUUUGUCCUUGAGCUGCUUUCCCUUUCUACAUUUCUGCACUCUGUUUAUAGACAACAGGCAAAUAUUUGUCCAAAGCAAUAGUGAAGUCUGAUGAGUAAACAGACUUGGUGGUGGAUUCAAGGACUCCAUUCUCCAUUUGAACACAACUUUAGUUUUUUUUAACCAUAUGAGGGCUACAGAUGACCUCUUAUUCACUAAAGAGUAAGUUCAUUACCAACAGGCAAAUGUGACACAUCACAAACAGAGUUUUCCUUUGUCUGUAGCGGAACAACAGAUGUUUUUUUGGGUGGGAGUUGUUCUGCUAAAGAUGUAAGCUGCCUGCAAGUGAAAAGGGCCUUUGGAAAUUUCUUCUUGAGUGCACCAUCACCCAGCAGUGAGCCUAAAUCCAAUCUCUCCUGCACUGCUCAGUCACAUGGAGGCUUAGUCAGCUAAUCCAUUCUGGGGAAAAUAACACCCAGUUAGCCAGGGAGCUCCAACUCAGUGGACCAGUGAAAGGCUAACCUGACAUGUCUGCGUGGCAUGUGGAUGCUCACAAAUGUCCCUCUGAUACAUUUAUAGCAUAUUAUCUGUGUUUUUGUGUGUUUUUUUUCUCCCCACAUUCCAGAUGAUUAAUGUGCUUGUGUGUCAUCACUGUAUUGAAUUAUGAUUAAUGACAAUCUGGUAUCUCCUCCUGUUGAAAGUUAUUAUACGAGCAGUAUGAGUUAGCCGAGCACUGUGGUCCAGAGUAGAAGACAUGAGCAUCUACCGAACAUGUAGACUCAUGUCAGAUGAUACAUCAAUAUCAGUCUGAGUCUUCUUCUAAUCUUUUCUUGCAAACUGCACACUGAGAGAUGUAAUCACAGUUAUUUUAUACAAAGCCUGUGUGUGCUGAUACAUUUACCACCUACAGCCAUUUCAAAGACAUAAUUCUCCAACUGUGUGACUAAGAAAUAAGCAUCAGACAAUACAGAGACUAAGUAUCGUAUCAGCUCAUCCCUUAAUUUUGCUGUGACAACAUAGUCUGCCAUUAAAAUGGAACUGGUUUCUCACCAAGAAAGAAUUCUAGUAACAUUAAUGUUUCAGUUAUAUAAUCAAAACAAAUUACUCGGUAGAGUUAUGUCCUUUUUUUAAAUAUUUAUGCAAGAUAUUAAGUCAAAAAAAAAAGCAGGCGUCCUAAUAACGUAGCUUAAUCAGUGGAUUAUUUUACCAGUUAAUUGAUUUGUUGAAAAUUCAGUGUCCCCCAAAGCCUUAAAAAACAACGAUGACCUCAAAUGUCUUGUUUUGUUUACAGACAUUAUCAGUUUACUGAAACAAAUCAAACCAAUUCAUCAAUGAAUUUAGUAGUUGAUAAACACAUUUUCUGUCAUUUAAACCGUGGUAUGAAAUGUAAUGUGGUUUUAUCUACAUGUGACCUACAAGCGCAUCAUUUGUUAGCACAGGUGAUGUUUUUCCGUCAUUAACUUUGUACCGACACAGUUUGUCGUGUGUGUGUUUUUUUCCAUGUUACAAGCGUGUUUUGAACAGCGUGUUGAUUCAGGUGAAGCAGAAUGAGCGUGUUGUUUUGGACCAGAGGGAUGUUAUUGGAGCAUGUCUUCCUGUUCCCUCAUGCAUAACUAUUAGUGAAUCCCUGUGGAGCCUUAAUAAGGCAUUUACCCACAGCCACUGUGAACACAUGGGCUCAGGGUUACGCCACACAUGGCACAAACCUUUGUAAACUAAUGGCCGGCAGACAAAUGAACACAUGAGCGCAUCGUGUGACCCACAACUGUCUAAAAAUGCAAAUAUUGUGUGGUCACAGUGUGACAAUCCUUACGUGAGGAAGAAAAAACGGCACUUAAUAGUAAAUCAGAACCUGAAAGUGGUAAGCCUUUUAUUUUUAGUUUUCUCUUGUUUACUUUGUUUAUUAUUAGCACUGAUAUUUUUAUAAGCACUCCCCUGUUUUCUCAUCCUUAUUCCACAGUUUGUUACUGAUGACCUUUGACUCCCACGCACUGUUUUUGUCUUUUUCUUCGCUCACUGAUUUUGUACAGACACAAUGAAGUUUCAUAGGAAAAUGUGUUUUUUUGCUUUAGCUCUGGACAAAAGCUACAGAGAAAUCCAUGUCUGAUAAAAAGUCCACACAUCAUACUAAUCUGACAUAAAUAAAAGUGGAUUUUUUUUUUCCUUCUUGUUUUCA